GCAGAGUGCCAGGUCGACAAUUUCGGACGUCUGGACAUGAAGUUGUACAAUGCAUGGAACGGCCUGCUGGCGGCACCGAAACCAAGCCUGGCAGAUCUCGACACGUGGCCCAUGGAUGAUGUCCUCAUUUACAACCAUCCCCAGUACCAUCUCUAUGUUGGCAGUCUUGUUUGCCCAUUUCGAUUUGACGAGCUCCGGAUGUAUCCUGACGUCGUCAUUGCUAUGAACAGAGAUGACCCACCUCGGUCAUGUGAGCCCUCCGACUGGUAUAAGCAUUUGGAGGCAUGUGGACCUUUUGGCACCGCACAUCUUCGCUAUGGUGGCUGGGACCAAACUCAUGCCAAUGAUUUCGACGCAGAACAGAGAACUCAUGAGUUCAAGAAAUCUUGGCACCGACUUGUUUCAGAUUUCCGGCAGCUUCUGACUUGCUGGCAUCGCGAUGACGACAGCCGCGGAAGGCAGAGUGCCGAUGUCCAAAGUGACAUCAAAAAGGGCAAGGGUUUUAACAAGGGCAAAUCAACCAAGAAGAAGAAAAAGGGCAGCAGUGCCCCUGGCCCUUGCAGCCCCUAUGGCCCCUCCUGGUCCAGCCACGGCAAGGCAAUCGGCAAGGCUUACAUCCCAGGCUACGACCCCAAUGGUCCUGCCGCCAGCAGCCAGGGCAAGGCAGUCAACAAGGGUUACCUCAAGAAUGCCAAUCCGACUGUCUCUGCCCCCGCCAGGCUGGGCAAGGCAACCAGCAAGGGCCAUGUCAAAUGCUCCAAUGGCAAGGGUGGGUUCGAUGCAAGGCAGAGUGCCGCUGCUGCAAGGCAGAGUGCCCUGGCUUCGGGUUUGCAGAUGGAUGAGGAGUCAUUCCCUGGUGAGCUAGCCCAAGCUCUUGAAGUAUUGGAGAAGAAGAAGGCUGGCCCAGAUGUUUGGAACUCGUGCUGUCAGAGAAGGCGGCCACUUCGUGUGCUGGUCCAUUGCUAUGGUGGUGUAAACAGGUCUGGUGGCCGUCAGCCCGUGUCGCCAGUCCAGACGUUGCUCGUCAUUAUCAUUGGUGCUGUGCUCAGCUUCCGAUUGGUGAUUCCGAAUGAUGCCAAAGGGGACGGGACUGUUUUGGGCAAGUUCAUUUCAGACCGCCUGGCCAACCAGAGCCGGUUGUACAAUGAGAAAGAGACCAUGCAAUUGGUCUUCAAGGCCUUCAAGUUCAUCCUUCAGGUACAAAUGCACCACCUGGAACAGGAAGGUGCUUUUCUGGCCGAUCUCCACGAGAACAACAUCACCGUCAUGUCAGAUGGGAAUGGGGGCCCUUUAGACGUGCAGUUUGCCUUCGUGGAUGCUUCGGGGCUCCUGACAGUCAAAGGGCCUAAGCGU